AUGCCUCCAACUCGAGAGCAUCCGCAUACUCGAGAGGAAUGGGACGCUAUCCGCCCACUGUUUACCAAGUUGUACAAGACAGAGGGGAAAAAGCUUUCAGAGGUUAUCGAGAUUUUGGGAGAGAAGGGAUUCCAUGCAAAAGAAGUGCACUACAAGCGGCGCAUCUAUACCUGGGGUUUGAACAAGAACAGGAGGGAGUGGGAUAUGGUAAUCGCCGCUUUUAUCAUCCGCCAGCGCCAGUCGGUCGGCAUGGACACCAUGCUGCGUAUUCGGGAUGAAAUCAUCACGCUGGCUGAUGUGCAGAGAUAUUGGAAGCGAAAACCAUACGGACCAAAAGACUCACCGUACUUCGGAUUCCCUGAAGUCUUCUCUGAAGUCAUCCAGUACUGGCCACCUGCAUUGAGCCUUCGUUCAGCCUUACCGCCCCCUGAAGUAUCAUUUGCAGAGUUGAAUCAAGUGGAUCAGGACAAUGAGUGCCUCUACGCUGACGAAAGGGCUCUUAUGGACCUUGAUGGAGACGAGCCUUGCGACAAGGAUGGCAUAUUUCUGCCGACGCUGAUCUCUGGUACUUCGGCGAAAGUACCUUCAACUACCCAUGCCACUGUCCAUGCGGCACAAGAAACGUUCAAUUUCUACGCCAACGUAUAUACGAGAGUUGGCGUGGAACGGUACAGAGAGGAAUCCACUUACGCUCUCGAUUUGGACAACUUCAGCUGCACACUGGUUGCUCAUCUUCUGCAACGAUCGCUCCGGCCACGGCGAUUACAGGUUGGUACCUCCCCAACCACGCCGGAGCUCAAACCAAUGCCGGCAAAGUGGUUCUUAAACGUCCUGUAUGACAACCCCCCGGUUCUCCUACCAUACCUGCUUUUGGGUCUAGUCCAUGGAAUUACUGGUUUGAGUAUAGAGGAAGCCGCAGAAGUAUGGCGAGCGGAAGCGGGCGAGCUUUUGGCAUCGAUCAGGAGAAUACUUGGAUCAGCAACAAAUUCAAGCUCAUAUUCGCUUCUCAGGAUGCUCGAGGUGCUCGAUGUGGACAACGUCAGGCCGUUCUCGGACACGAUAUCAGAUCUCAUGCCUGACGUCUUCAAAUCAAUGGCCAUCGGUGAUGAAACCAUCCUUGCUGCGCAACUGUUCUUGACACUGGGACAGAUUUCCAAGGUCAAUAAGUCACACAAGGCCGCUCAUAUGUACUUGUCGAAAGCGGAUCGUGUCCUGCGACUCGGAUUUAACCGAAGCGAGGUAACUUCUGAUGAGGAUCGGACCUUGACUUCAGGCCUCCACUGCCGAUACUAUCUCCGGUGGUUAGAUUCCCUGCCCUUCGCCCCAGCCCCUGCCGCAGCCCAAGCUGAGACAAUUGACCAACAAGCACUCCGCUUCAAAAUUGAAGAGGAACUGCAUGUGACAAUUGUAUCCUGCUGGCAUCAAGUUCUCAAAGAGACGCUCGAGGAACUCAAGCGGCUCAAGAAAAUCGAGAAGGAAAGGAAGAAGGGUGAGAGACUCAGGAAGCUCCUAGUAAUUCUAAUAGAGAAGGAUGAGAAGCUCAAGGAGCUACCGAAAAUUCUAAAAGAGGAGAAGGAACUCAGGAAGCUACAAGAAUUCCUCAACGAGGAGGAGGAGUUACUCAAGAAGGUACAGGAAAUUCUAGAAGGCGAGGAACUCAAGAUGGUACGAGAAUCUCUGAAAAGGGAAGAGGAGGAACUCAAGAAGCUACAGGAAAAUCUCAAAGACUAUCAGGCUUUGUGCGAUGAAUUGAUGAAAUUUCAGUACGGAGAACUAGAACGAGGCCAUCAGGGUGCGGCCACAGGUAUGGACGCAUGUCCGGAAUAG